AUGGAGACUAGGUUUCUCAGGUCUUUGAAACAAAUAUGGUCAAAUGGUUCGAUUCCUUCCAAAAUUGCAGUCUCUUUAUCUGGUGGUGUGGAUUCAAUGUGUUUAAUUCAUCUAUUAAAUAAAGUUAAUCAAUUGGAAAAUUUAAAUAUUUCAAUAUAUCCUAUAUCAAUGGAUCAUGGCCUUCGGAAGGAAAGUUCAAAUGAAUUGAAAUUUAUACAUCAUGAAAUGGAGAAAUUAGGUUUAGAUUCAAAUUUCCAAAGUUGUAAAUUAGAUUUAUCUUCAUUAUAUACUAGUAAUACAGAUAGUACAUCAAUUAGUUUUGAAAAAUUGGCAAGAAUUAAAAGAUAUGAUAAAUUACAUGAAAUAUGUAAUCAUUUACAAAUACAAAAUAUCUUUACAGGUCAUCAUGCAGAUGAUAAUUUAGAAACUUUUGUUCUAAGAUUAUUGAAUAAUAGUGGUGAAUUUGGUUUAAGAGGUAUUUCAAAAAUUUCAAAUGCUCCAUUGUUAUCAAAACCUUUUAUUAGUUUUAAUCAAUUAAAAUUAAUAAGACCUUUAUUGGAUUUCAAUAAAUUUGAAAUAUAUAAAUAUGCUAAUGAACAAAAUACAAAUUGGGUUGAAGAUUAUACAAAUAAUGAAAUGAUUGCAAAAAGAAAUAUAAUUAGAAAAUAUUUAAAAGAAAACAAAGAAACUUCUAAAGUAUUACAAGAAACACAACAUGAAGUUAUAAAUUUAACAAAUCAAAUUGAAAUUAAAGUUAAUAAUUUAUAUCAUAAACUUCAAAACCAAGGGACAAUAACACAAAAUCUAAAUUCAUUAAAUAUAGAAUUAGAUCAAGAAAUUAUAAAUUCGAAUUCAAAUAUAAUAAUUGCAAGAUUAUUAUUUAAAUUAGCAUACCCUUAUUCACCAAUGUUACAUUAUCAUUAUAGAUUUACAAAAUUCCUAGAUCAUAUACCCAAUUUAUUAAAACAAGAAAAUUUCACAUUAAUGUCAUUAAAAUGGGAAUCAAAAUCAAUUAAAAGCAAAAACCCAGAUAACAAAGGAAUCAAAAUAAAGAUUAAAAGACAAGUUGAAUCACAAAAUGAACCAUUGGAAAUUAUAAUACCUCCUAAUUCAAAAACUAAUUGGAUAUUAUUUGAUAAUAUAUAUUGGUUUAAAUUUCAAAAUAAUGAAUCUCAAAGUAAAUCUUUCAAGAUAAGAAGAGUAACUAAAAAUGAUCUUUUUUUGAAAAAGCAAUUAGGUAUAAAAUCAUUAUCAAAUUAUGAAAAUUUACCAAUAAUUUAUGAUCUUAAAAAGGGGGAAUUUCAAUUACCAACUGUGUCACCAAAUCCUGAAAUUAAUUGGAAAUUUAAACAAAAUAUAUUUGAAUUUUAA